AGAAACAAACUCAGAAAAGGUGAAAGGUUGUGGGAAUGUGUCAAUUUGCUGGUCGCCGGUUGGUAAAGCGGUUUCUUGUCCCUUACUUUCAAGUUUGACAGAAGCCCGGUGUAUUAUACCCAGGUCGGUGUAGCUAGAUCGAUAUCUUAAUUUAAUAAGCGGACAUGGCCAAGAAACGAAGAGAAAGACGAGAGGCCGAUAGUGUUUCGUUAGUAACGUUACACGAAGAACCGAAGACAAAAUGUAACGAGGCACAAACCCUCAAAGAGACUCAAUACACUGGAGGGGGCUCAGCUCGCAUGUCUCUCCUCAUCCUGCUGUCUGUCUUCACCUGCGCUGCUUCUGUCAUGUACCUAGUGUACAGGAAUUUCCCAGAGCUUAACAAUGAUGAGAUGGCUAUUAUUAAAAUCCCCAAAGAUAUGGAUGAUGCUAAAGCCUUGGGCACUGUACUUUCCAAAUAUAAGGACACCUACUACACCCAAGUGUUAGUAGCCUACUUUACCACCUAUAUCUUCCUCCAGACAUUUGCGAUCCCUGGAUCCAUCUUCCUCAGUAUCCUGUCUGGCUAUCUCUACCCCUUCCCCCUGGCUCUUUUCCUUGUCUGCCUGUGCUCUGGCCUGGGGGCUUCCUUCUGCUACAUGCUGUCUUAUCUAGUGGGGCGACCAGUGGUCUACAGAUACCUGACAGAGAGAGCCCAGAAAUGGUCCCAGCAGGUAGACAAGCACAGAGAUCAUCUCAUCAAUUACAUCAUAUUUCUGAGGAUCACUCCCUUUCUCCCCAACUGGUUCAUUAACAUCACCUCACCCGUCAUCAACGUGCCUUUGGGGGUCUUCUUCCUUGGUACUUUCUUUGGAGUGGCCCCACCGUCCUUCGUGGCGAUCAACGCUGGUACAACUCUGUAUAAACUGACGACAGCUGGGGAGGCAGUGUCUUGGAACUCUCUGAUUGUGCUAGGUGUCCUGGCUGUACUCUCUAUCCUGCCUGUCUGCUUCCAGAAGAAACUGCAGCAGAAGAUGGAGUAGGCACUAGGCAACUCAUCUGCCUGCCUGAUCCCCCAGCCCGUCCCUUGGCUCAGGAAUGGUACACCCCGCUGUCACUCACAUAGUCCUGCCUGUUGCUGUCCCUCACACCUGCUGAGGUUGCUGUGGAAACAUUGCCCGUUGACACAACCCUGACUCCUGUGACCAAAACAUGUGGUUGUGGCCACCUCAACUUUGUGCUCUACAAAGGACUAACUGGCCUCUGCUCAUCCUUGGGUUUGUUCUCCCAUAUUUGUUAAAUGUUGCUUGCCUGUAAAUUUAAGAUUUUAAGAAAGGAUACAGAAAACAUCAGG